CUCCUCACUGGGCGGGGACGACGCCGAUGCUUGCAGAACAGGGCCUGCCACCUGUGGCCCGGGGCGGGGUGGGGUGAACAACAGCGAUCUUAUCCUGUCAACAGAUGACGAAAUCCCAUCGGUGACAGAAGGUUCUGUUCAACCACGGUGCUGCGUUGAGAUAGAAGAAGACAUUCAUUUCGAUUUGUGACCUCACUCUUAAGUGAGAAGGAGAAUUUGGGAUUGGCACUGUCAGACGUGUACAGACUUUGACGGGAUGUUUUACUGCGGUUUGAAGAAAUGGCGUCGCGGUGUGAUGAAAAAUGGUCACGCGUGAUUUCUUCAAAAGCCCGAGUGUCUGUUUUGUCCAAUGAAACCGUCACGUCUGUUUUGUGAGCAAAUUGGAGUCGAGCGCCGUCUGGCGGUGUUAUGCGGUAGUAGGGCGCGGCUCCGGAUUGCCAUCGUGACGCUGACGUGUAUGGUGACGUAGCCUGAAACGUCACAGCACGCGCGCCUCGGUCGAUAUACGUCACUUCCGGGAGACGCGUUGGCAAUUUCCGAAACACAAGCGGCGAGACGGCUAGCUAGUCGAAGCCGAGCGAACCGGCGGUGCCAGGCCGGGGGGGUGACCAGCGAGUGUUUGUGAGCGGCCUUUGGAUAGAACGAGCCGGGAAAAUUCGACAAGCAUUUGGCAGCCGUUUGUCAUGAACAGGAAGUCCUGACAUGGACACAGAGAUGAUACCCAAGUUCUCCACAAAGGAUGAAGAAGUGGACUACUGGAAGUCCCAAGCCCUGAAGUAUCAGCAAAGUUGCCGCGAGGCCCAGGAGGAGCUGCAGGAGUUCCAGGAGGGCAGCCAAGAGCUGGAGGCCGAGCUGGAGGCGCAGCUGGGCCAGGCCGAACGGCGCCUGCGCGACCUGCAGAGCGAGAACGAGCGGCUGAAGAGCGAGGCGGACAACCUCAAGGAGAAGCUGGAGAAGCAGCACGCCCAGAGCUACCAGCAGAUCUCCGUGCUGGAGGACGACCUGGGCCGGACGCGCAGCGUCAAGGAGCAGCUCCACAAAUCCGUGCGCAAGCUGGAGCAGGCCAACGACGACCUGGAAAGAGCCAAGAGGGCAACCAUCGUGUCCCUGGAGGACUUUGAGGGCCGCUUAAACCAGGCCAUCGAGAGAAACGCCUUCCUGGAGAGCGAGCUGGACGAGAAGGAAUCCCUCUUGGUGUCGGUGCAGCGACUCAAAGACGAAGCGCGAGACCUGCGACAGGAACUGGCGGUGCGCGAGAGGACGACGGACAGGAUGUCGGCGCCCAGCUCGCCCACCUCGGAGCCGGACUCGGCCGCGCCGGCGUCUCCCCGCCAGACGCCAACCCGCCGCCGUGCGGCUGUCCGUCCGUCCGUCCAGGAGAAGCUGGAGAAGCAGCACGCCCAGAGCUACCAGCAGAUCUCCGUGCUGGAGGACGACCUGGGCCGGACGCGCAGCGUCAAGGAGCAGCUCCACAAAUCCGUGCGCAAGCUGGAGCAGGCCAACGACGACCUGGAAAGAGCCAAGAGGGCAACCAUCGUGUCCCUGGAGGACUUUGAGGGCCGCUUAAACCAGGCCAUCGAGAGAAACGCCUUCCUGGAGAGCGAGCUGGACGAGAAGGAAUCGGCCCCAGAGGCUUUGGAGUCCAAACUGGCCGCCUGCAGGAGCUUCGCCAAAAACCAGGCGGCCAAAAAGAGCCUCCCGGUCGCGGACAACGGCGCGCUCGUCAACGGCAACGCCGCCAAGUUUUCGCACGCCCUGCACACCACCUACUUCGACAAAGGCGGCACCGUCAACGGACUGGACCCGGGGCCCCUGACCUCCAGAACCGUGUCCCCGCCGGGCCUGCUGCCCCUGAGCGUGUGA